AUGGAGGUGCUUGCUAGCGCCAUGGUCGAGACUGGCGUACUGGAGGCUUCCCUAGCAGCGGUUCUGGUACUCUCUGGCCGAAGUCCCGCAGAAGGUGCAGCGGUUGGUGCAAAGUUUCUCCAAUUCCUGGCCUCCCUCUUGGUUGAGGUGGCCCUGCAGGGCCCCAGAACCUCUGCGGCCGCGCCGCUGGAUCCACUGCAGAAGCUGCGGAAGAACGUUUUCCGGGCGGCGGACAAGCUUGGAAGCCUGCUGGAGGUCGUGACCAUGCAGACAGCCGAAAUUUCCGGGCAUCGUGACCUCGUAGCAA